UACCGGACUUGCUGUGUAUUGGAAGUUUAACUUUGGACUUUGGACAUAGCAGCUCUAGGAGUGCAGGCCGUGUGCUUGGGAGCGGAACGCGAGGCCCGGGUCCGGGGGAGUCGGGUACGCAAAAGCCGGCCGGAUGGGGUCGUUGCUAUGGAGAGUCGUCGGAGCUCCGAAUCCUGAUCCAUUCUUGGCCACCAGACGUAGGAUCUUGCAAGGCUUUUCAUUCGAGACACCCCUGGCCAUGAAAUCAAAAUGUCUACGCCAACUGCACACUGUUUAUCAGAUGGUUGAGCUUCCAGAAACUCAUCAGUUGUUGAGAGACACCUGCAGAGGGUUUGCAGAAAAAGAACUUGUUCCAAUUGCUGCGCAGCUGGACAAAGAACAUAAGUUUCCUGCAGAACAGGUAAAGAAGAUGGGAGAACUUGGACUUUUGGCAAUGGAUGUGUCUGAGAAAUAUGGUGGAGCAGGAUUAGAUUAUCUGGCUUAUGCCAUUGCCUUAGAAGAGAUAAGUCGGGGCUGUGCUUCCACUGGCGUCAUCAUGAGUGUAAAUAAUUCUUUAUAUUUGGGUCCAAUUUUGAAAUUUGGUUCAGAAGAACAAAAGCACAAGUGGAUUAGCCCUUUCACAAAUGGAACUAAAAUUGGCUGCUUUGCCCUGAGUGAGCCAGGGAAUGGAAGUGAUGCUGGUGCAGCCUUAACCACUGCCAGGCUAGAUGGUGACAGCUGGAUUUUAAAUGGCACAAAGGCUUGGAUUACAAAUAGCUGGGAAGCUUCUGCUGCAAUUGUCUUUGCCACCACAGACAAAGCACUUAAACACAAGGGAAUAAGUGCUUUCUUGGUUCCUAUGCCUACACCAGGACUUUCCUUGGGAAAGAAAGAAGAUAAAUUUGGAAUUAGAGCAUCUUCCACUGCAAGCCUAAUUUUUGAAGACUGCAGACUUCCUCGGGACAGCAUAUUGGGUGAACCAGGAAUUGGAUUCAAAAUAGCCAUGAAUUGUUCCUUACUUGUCAGCGCUGUGAACUUUGAAACAGUAUACAGGUCUCCUUGGAUAUCAGACAUUUGUACCCAAACACUAGAUGCAGGUCGGAUUGGUAUUGCCUCCCAAGCUCUUGGAAUUGCAAGUGCAGCCCUCGAUUGUGCUGUGGACUAUGCAGAGAAAAGAAUGGCAUUUGGUUCACCUAUUUCCAAACUCCAGGCUAUACAGUUCAAAUUGGCUGACAUGGGCCUGGCGCUGGAGAGUGCUCGCUUGUUGACUUGGAGAGCAGCUAUGCUGAAGGAUAAUGGAAAAUCAUAUAUAAAGGAAGCUGCAAUGGCCAAACUGGCAGCAUCUGAGUCUGCAACAUCUAUUGCUCAUAAAGCCAUGCAAAUUCUUGGAGGUAUGGGCUAUGUUACAGACAUGGCAGCAGAGAGGCACUACCGUGAUGCCCGCAUAACUGAAAUCUAUGAAGGAACCAGUGAAAUCCAGCGCCUGGUCAUAGCCAACCAGUUAUUAAAAUCAUACAAAGGUUAAGGAUGUCCUUGUGAACAAUCUGCUGACAAAAUUGAAAUUGCUAAAUUUAACAGCACUGAUAAAUAGAAACUGAGAUCUAAUUCAUCGUUGAUGCUCUGAUAAAAUGUUGAUAUCUCUAGAAUGGAGAAGUUUUUGUUUGCAGAUCAGAAAUAUAUUUGUUAGGAUACAAAGCAGGCUAAUCUAAGAUAUCAGAACAAUGCAAGAGAGCUCCACAGCCAGGGAUCCCAUUUCAAAUGAAAAGGAAACGUGAACGGCUUUUCAGUAGAAAACUUCAGUGGUUUUAAACCCAAUUUAACCUACCCUAAUUACUUUUCUUCCCUGCAAAGUUACCUGGUGUAUCUAGGAAGUUUACAUUAUUUAUUGCCAUCCUCUCAUUUUGAGAUGCCAGGUGGGCUUCGUAGCUCACUCUGCAACAGUGUAAAGUUGUACUAAACAGUGUACUAAACCAGAAGGAAUCAGUAAGGGAGAUUGUUUCUAAUGUGAUCUAAAAUUAUAUGCAAGAUUAAAAGGUAUGCUCACAGAAGUUCACUAAAUCAUUUGAGGCAGUCUUCUGUAUAAUCUAGAUAUCAUUAUGAUAUUCUGUUAAAUGUUUACUUACUGCAUUGCAAAUACACAUUAUUUUAAAUUUCAUAGAAUGUUAUUGCUGUUUCACUCAAGUAGAAAGGAGCUGGUAAACAUAGAUUUUUCCUUGACAACUUUUUAAUUUGGUGUUCUUGUUUUACAAUUGAAAUCCUCACUAAAAUGUCAUUGAGUUCCCUGGUUACAGUAAGCACAUUAUUGUAAUUUCUUACCAGAAUUUACUUCUGGAUCGGCAACUUAAAAAGAAGCUUAAGCUGUCAUAGAGCAGAUUAAUAAAAUCUAUAUAUUUAACAGGUA